CCUCUGUGUCUGGAAUGUGUGAGCCUGAAAGGAGCUGUAGCAUUAAUGAAGAUAUUGGCCUGGGUUCAGCUUUCACAAUUGCACAUGAAAUUGGUCACAAUUUUGGAAUGAACCAUGACGGAAUUGGAAACUCCUGUGGGACAAAAGGUCAUGAAGCAGCAAAACUAAUGGCAGCUCACAUUACUGCCAACACCAAUCCAUUCUCCUGGUCAGCCUGCAGCAGAGACUACAUCACAAACUUUCUGGACUCUGGUCGUGGAACCUGCCUUGACAAUAAGCCUCCAAAACGUGACUUUAUCUAUCCCACUGUAGCUUCAGGUCAGGUUUAUGAUGCAGAUGAGCAGUGUCGCUUUCAGUAUGGUACAACAUCCCGUCAGUGCAAAUAUGGGGAAGUGUGUAGAGAGCUCUGGUGUCUCAGCAAAAGUAAUCGCUGUGUUACUAACAGCAUUCCAGCUGCAGAGGGAACUUUGUGUCAGACUGGUACCAUUGAAAAAGGGUGGUGUUAUCAAGGAGAUUGUGUACCAUUUGGCACUUGGCCUCAGAGCGUUGAUGGGGGAUGGGGGCCAUGGUCGAUGUGGGGAGAGUGCAGCAGAACUUGCGGGGGAGGAGUUUCAUCAUCAUCCAGACAUUGUGACACCCCAGCGCCAUCUGGUGGGGGAAAGUAUUGCCUUGGUGAAAGAAAACGCUAUCGGUCAUGCAACAUUGAUCCCUGUCUUUCAGGCUCCCGUGACUUUCGAGAAAAGCAGUGUGCUGACUUUGACAACUCACCAUUCCGUGGAAAGUACUACAACUGGAAGCCUUAUACUGGAGGUGGAGUAAAGCCAUGUGCAUUAAACUGCUUGGCAGAGGGGUAUAAUUUUUACACAGAGCGAGCCCCUGCUGUAAUCGAUGGAACUCGUUGUAAUGCUGACUCACUGGACAUUUGCAUCAAUGGAGAAUGCAAGCAUGUAGGCUGUGAUAACAUCUUGAGUUCUGAUGCAAAGGAAGACAGAUGCCGUGUCUGUGGGGGUGAUGGAAGCACUUGUGAAACUAUUGAAGAAUUUUUCAAUGAUUCACUUCCCAGAGGAGGUUAUAUGGAAGUAGUACAGAUUCCAAGAGGUUCUGUUCAUAUUGAAAUAAAAGAAGCUGCUGUUUCUAAAAACUACAUUGCACUGAAAUCUGAAACAGAUGACUAUUAUAUUAAUGGUGCCUGGACUAUCGAUUGGCCUCGAAAGUUUGAUGUUGCUGGAACAGCCUUCCAUUAUAAAAGACCCACAGAUGAACCAGAGUCCUUAGAAGCACUGGGUCCCACAACAGAAGUACUUAUAGUUAUGAUACUCCUCCAGGAACAGAAUCUCGGGAUCACAUAUAAAUUUAAUGUCCCCAUCACUCGCACUGGUAGUGGAGAUAAUGAAGUUGGAUUUUCAUGGUUCCACCAACCCUGGUCUGAAUGUUCUGCCACCUGUGCUGGAGGUAUUCAGAAACAAGAGAUAGUAUGCAAAAGGUUGGAUGACAACUCAGUUGUACAGAACAAUUACUGUGAUCCUGAAAGUAAACCACCAGAGAGCCAACGAGAUUGCAACACUGAGCCUUGCCCAGCUGAGUGGUUUAUAGGAGACUGGUCACAAUGUACUCAAAGUUGUGAUGGAGGAAUGCGUACACGGACUGUGGUUUGCAUUAGGAAAAUUGGGCCAUCUGAAGAGGAAACACUUCAAGAUACACACUGUCUGACACACCGUCCAAUUGAGAAAGAAUCAUGCAACAACCAGUCUUGUCCACCUAAAUGGGUUGCUCUGGAUUGGUCAGAGUGUACACCCAAAUGUGGUCCGGGUUUUAAGCACCGGAUUGUUUUAUGCAAAAGUAGUGACCUCAGCAAGCCUUUCCCUUCUUCCAACUGCACAGAAGGAAUCAAACCACCUGUCCGAAUGCGCUGCAGCCUUGGACGUUGUCCACCACCUCGAUGGAUUGUUGGAGAAUGGGGCUUGUGUACUGCACAAUGUGGCUUUGGACAACAUAUGCGGACAGUGCAGUGUCUUUCCUAUAUUGGUCAGCCUUCUAGUGAUUGUCUAGAAAAAGAUCGACCUUCAUCAAUGCAGCAGUGUGAAAGCAAAUGUGAUGCCUUCCCUAAUGCCAGUGUGGAAGAAUGCAAGGAUGUGAACAAAGUUGCUUACUGCCCACUGGUCCUGAAGUUCAAAUUUUGUAGCCGAGCUUACUUCAGACAGAUGUGUUGUAAAACCUGCCAAGGACUCUGAAAUACAAGAAGAAGAAGGGAACAGCAAAAAGAGAAAAUAAGUAGUCAUUAUUCCAUUGUGGAUGUACAUCCAUCAGUGUAACAGAGAGGGACAAAAUGCCACACAGAAAAUGGAGAAUGAUGUAAUUGCGGAUACAUUACCCUGUGGAAAACAUAACCACUGGUCGGCUUUGCUGACAAGAUCUGAACAUUAUUUAACUUCUAUGAAGUGUGAAUUAUUCAACUAACGUGCUGGACACAUUGUAAUAAAGAAAUACCUAAUUGGAAUGAUACAACAGCAUUCAGAACAGCUUUUUAUGAAAGAGGUAUGGUCCUCUGAUUGACAUUGAUAGUCUAUUGUAUUCCUUGGGACCACUUAGGUUAUUUUGACUUUGGGCUCAGUAAUGACACUGAAUCCACACAUAUUUAAAAUGGUUUUAAACUUAAAUCAGUUGAAGUUAUGGUCUGCUAUUUGAGAAAAGUUAGUUAUUGUUCGUCAUUUAAAAAGCUAUAUAUUUAAUCUCACAAAAAUCUAAAAAAAAAUUUAACUUGUAACGUGGAAUCAAAAUAUGUAUUUAAGAAGCAGUAAACAGAAACAGGAAGUCAUCUUGUUCUCAUGUUGAAAAAAAAAAAAAAACAGCAUAAAUAAACACACUUCUGGAUUUUCACAUGUUUCUUUUAGACCUGCUGUGAACCUGUGAGUCAUAUGUAAAAGUGAACGUCUGCAAGGUACACCAGCUCUGUAGGUGUGUGAUUCAAAUCAACAUGGUUGAAAUUUAUCCCACAGAGAGAUCAUUCCCAUAUGUCAUUAAAACUGAGGCCGAGUUUUCCACUAAAAGAGGAAAAAAGGGACCUUUUUGUAAAAUCCAUCUGGCCUUUCAUUACCUCUGAAGACAAUUCCUUUGGCUUUUAAUGUUCCAGUUCUGCUUCCUCUUGUUUGCGUAACCAGCUAUGAGGCAGGCAUCCAGAUUUUACAGUACUAUUACUAUUACCCUGUGAUCAUGACCACCGUGAUAGACUUUAAUGGAACUGACCGAAAUCCCAGCUUACAUGAUUCACUUUUUAUCAGAAGUUCCUAAAGUACAGAAAGAAAAUUGUACCAGAUGCUUCCUUUUUUAAACAAAGGGAGACAUCUGUUUAUGUCAAGAUGUGUGGUUAUUGACAAUGACAUUAUUCAGCAAACAACUGUAACCAAAGGGUUUGGAAAACACAGAACUGUACAAACAGUAUUAUUUUAACUCUCACUCACAACAGGAGAUAAAUGUAUAAAUGUAUUUAUGCAUCUUGCCUGCAACGCAGUUGAAUGGCGUUUAAAUGUGAAACUGUAUCUGUAAAAUGUACUACAUCCCUUAUGAGGCUAUGCAUCAUCCCUCACUACUACCAUCACUAUUAGUUAACUUAACAAUAAUAUUAUGAAGAUGGUACUUGUUUAUAUUUACCUUGUACUUGAACAUUUGCAGACUGCAGCAGGUACUUGAAUAUGCAUUUUUGUCCAAAUGUGCCUCAUUUGUUUAUGAAAAUAAUUUUACAUUACUAGAUUAUGAUUUCCUGCUCUUUGAAGUGGCACUUUCAAAGCAUUACUUCAUAGUAUAUGUAACUACAGUGUAUAUGAAAUGACAUUGAAUGUGUUAGCCAGCUGAAACAAACAAGCUCUUAAGAACCUUAACAUAAUUUAUUUUCCAAGCAAGAACUGAUGUGGAUUAGGAUGAAAAUAUUCGCUCUAAUAUUUAACAAGAUAGUGUUGGACAAUCUCAAGGUGUUAUCCAUAAAGCUUGUGAUUUUCUACCUCUCAGCUGUUUGUGUGUGUGUGUGUGUGUGUGUGUGUAUGUGUGUGUGUAUUCAUAUAUGCGUGGGAA